AUGGCAGUUAAUAUAAAACAACACUUGGAAAAAGUUGGGAUGCACGGAAUAUCUAAUGAAAUGGGUAUAAGAGUAAUUAAUGAUAUAAUGCUAUAUCAAAACAUUAGCUCAAAUAAGAGUUCACUUGGGAAAUACCCAGUGAUCACUUGCCAAUCAUUUAAUUGGAAUGUCUAUAUGCGUCAAUUAUAUUGUAACUCAAAAUAUCCAUCAUUUUUCAAAGAAGUGGUUGCACUGAUGUCUACUGGGGAAGUCAAAAAUAGUGGAAUGGAUUUUAGAGGGAUGAGUAAAGAAGAAGUGUACUCAUUUGUUAAAGACUCAGUACAUAAUAUAGUUGAGCAGAUAAUUGGAAUACAAUCAUCAUCUCUCGAUUUAGAUACACCAUUCUCAGAACUUGGAAUGGAUUCCUUGUCAGCAAUUGAGUUAAGGAAUGCACUAAUUUCGAGGUUUGGAAUUAAGAUUUCUUCGACAGCAUUAUUUGAUUACCCAACAUUGAGAUCAAUUAUCCAGCACUUAACAGACUCUUUAUAUGUUUCAGAAACUUAUGACACAUUUACAGAUCUAGAGAUAAGCAUCUCACAAAGAGAGUAUUCUGUUGCAAUAAUUGGUGUUUCUUGUAGACUUCCUGGGGGAGUAAGGUCUUUCAACGAUCUUUAUGAAGAUAUUUUGCUCAAGGGAAAAGACUGUAUCACAGAAAUCCCAUUGGAUAGGUGGCCAUUUGAUGUAUACUACGAUCCUGACCCAGAUAAUAGAAGCAAAUCUUAUGUAAACCAAGGCGCAUUUACAACUGAUAUUGAUUUAUUUGAUAAUACUUUCUUUGGUCUUUCAUCAACUGAGGCUACUAAUGUUGAUCCUCAACAAAAAUACAUGUUGGAGGUAGCAUACGAAGCAAUGUAUAAUUGUGGAAUUACAAAACGCUCUCUAACUAACAUUAAAAAAACAACUAAAACUGGCAUUGAGGAUCCUUUAUUGAUGGGGGUUUUCAUAGGUUGUUGUAAUACUGAUUGGCACUUCCUUCAGGCAAAGUUUGGUUUUGAAAACUUUACUUCUUAUACUGGAUCUGGUGGUGCAAGCUCUCUAGUUUCAAAUAGAGUAUCAUAUUCAUUUGGAUUUAGAGGGCCUUCGCAAACUAUAGAUACUGCAUGCUCCUCAUCUCUUGUUGCGAUGGAUGCAGCUCUGAAGUCAUUGAAAGAAGGCUCUUGCCAUACUGCGUUAGUUGGAGGAGUAAACUUAAUGUUAAGCCCACACCUAUUCGUGGCCUUUUGCCGUGCAAGAAUGCUUUCUCCAGAUUGUAGAUGCAAAACAUUCGACGCUGCUGCAAAUGGAUAUGUUAGAGGAGAAGGAUGCGGUGCAAUUUUAUUAACUAAAAGAUUGGAAGUAGGUGGGAAGAAGAUCAGGCCAAUUGGAUACGUUUUGGGAUCGGCAACUAAUCAUAAUGGAAGAUCUGCAAGUCUCACAGCUCCAAAUGGACCCUCACAAACAGAAGUCAUUCAAAAUGCUUUAAGAAAUGCUAAAUUAACUCCUAAUGAUAUUGAUUACUUAGAAUCUCAUGGUACAGGUACUCCUCUUGGAGAUCCAAUAGAGUUCGGUGCCUUAAAAGCGGUUUUUGGAAACAAAAAGGAUUUUAAGAGAAAUCAGCCUCUUAUUCUGGGAGCUUUAAAAACAAAUAUUGGUCAUCUCGAGGGUGCCGCAGGUGUUUCGGGAUUACUCAAGUUAAUUUUGGUGUUGAAAAACCGUAUUGCACCGAAAAUAUUGCAUUUCCAAAAACUUAAUCCUCAUAUUGACACUGAAAAUUUUGAUGUUGAAUUUCCGACAGAGUUAAAAGCCAUUGUUUCUAAUAAGCCCAAAUUAGUUGGGGGAGUAAGUUCAUUUGGAUUUGGAGGAUGUAAUUCUCAUGUAAUAUUAGAAUCUGCCUCUGAUACAGAGUUGAUUACUGAAAACAACCAAGAUAAAAAUUACCCUUACUUAAUUUUCGCGUACACUGGUCAAGGUUGUCAAUAUAUAAACAUGUGUAAAAACUUAUAUGAUACAGAGGAAGUUUUCAGAAAUGAAAUGGAUAAAUGCAAUAAGCUUCUAUAUCCAAUCUUGGGCAGAUCAUUAAUAUCAACAAUAUAUUGUGAACAAACUUUGGAGAAUGAGAAAUUAAUAAAUCAUACGUCAAUUUCUCAACCUGCAAUAUUUUCAAUUGAAUAUUCGCUAACUAAACUGUGGGAAUCCAAGGGUAUAAUUCCAUCCGCAGUUAUGGGUCAUAGUCUUGGAGAAUUUGCUGCAGCAGUCACUAGUGGGGUCUUAUGCCUAGAAGAUGCAAUUGUUUUAGUUGCAAGGAGAGCAGAAAUUAUGGCAUCCCUUCCUCAGAAUGAUGGAAUAAUGGUUGCCUGCAGAGUUUCUGAAGAACAAGUAUUAGAGUCUAUUGAGAAAUUGAAUUUGAAGGAUUCUGCAGCAGUAGCUGCAAUAAAUGGCCCAAAAAGUGUAACAAUUUCAGGAAGUAGAACUUCAGUAAUGCAAAUUUUGAACCAAUUAGGUAUGGAAGAUAGAUAUAAACAACUUGAUGUUUCUCAUGCAUUCCACUCUCCUUUAGUCAGUUCUGCUGAGGAACAAUUCGAAAAAGUUAUCGAAAAAAUUCAAUUUUCUGAGCCAAAAAUAACAUUUAUUUCUUCUGUAACUGGUAAUAUUGAAUCUAAACUGCUAACAGAACAUAAAUAUUGGGCACAACAUAUUCUACAUUCUGUUAGAUACUACGAUGCGCUUGAAACUGCGGCUUCUACAGAUGAAGAAAACAUCGCAAUUAUUGAGAUUGGGCCCAAAUCUAUUCUUACUUCAAUGGGUAAACAGGCAUUGGGAGGAAUUCAAUUGCCACAAACUUCGACCGAAAAAAUUUCUAAUAAUGAAUUAAUAUGGAUCCCAACAAUUGAUAACUCAAAAUCAAAUAUUUUAGAUUUCAAUGCUGUUUAUAAAGUUGCUCAGGAAUACAUGAAUUAUAUCUCAGAAAAUGUUUGCAUUCACAAAUGGAACCAUUCUAGGUUCCAUUGGGCAGACUUGACAUCUGUGCAUCCCCUUUUGGGAAGGUUUUAUUCAUCAAUUUCUGAUGAAAAUUAUCUUGCGUAUUCCACCGAUAUGCUAAAAUCUAAAGUAUUUAAAAAUAUUGUGGAGGACCAUAUUAUUUUUGACACAAAUAUUAUUCCCGCAGCUGCAUUGAUUGAGGCAUCUGCAUGUGCGGCAUUUAAAUUACAUAAAUCCGAAAAAUUCCCAUCCAAAUAUGUUGAAUUGAAUUCGAUGGAUAUUGAAAAACCAUUGGUAUCAAAUCAAGAUGAAACUACGUCUGAAAUGGAGGUAUUUUUUGCGAAAAGUGGGUCGAUUCAAAUAAGAAAAAAAUGUAUUUCCGAGGCAUUUGAGUAUGAAGAAGAAUUUUCUGGACCACAAAUUAUUGCUAAUGAUGUCGCAUUUAGCAAUAGUAGAAUUUAUCAUCAUGCAUCAAUUUCAAACUCUAGAAUACUUAGUAAAGAUGAAGUAGAUUCCCACUGUAUCCCUAAUUUAGAAGACUACUUGAAAAAGUAUUCGUCAAAAGAUGUUAUGGAAAUCCCUAUAGAUAAUAUAUAUGAAAUGAUGAACGAAAUUGGUCUUCAGUAUCAAACGAAUUAUCAAUGUUUGAAAUCAGUAAAGAUACAAAUUGAUAAUACAACUGAUGAUAAAAAUAAGAAUGCUGAAAGUACUCAAUUAAAUGAAGUACUGUGUUAUGUAAAAAGACCUGCAAGUGAUUUCGAUUUAACCGAACUUAGGAUCCACCCCGGAAUGCUUGAUUCAGUAUUCCAGGCAGCCUCGGUAUUGUUUGCCUCAGAAGAGUUAUUGAAAGGUAAAGAUGUAACAAAUAAUAAAAGAGGCCAUGUUGCAAUGGCCCCCAUUGGGUUCACUAAAUGUUUGUAUGGAAGGAUACAACAUAACUCUGAUGUUUGGGGUUUGGUGAAGCUAAAUAGAUUUGAGAAAACAGGAAGCAUUGCAUUUAUUGAUGUAACAUUAUGGGACAGCAAAACAAAUAUCUUAGCAGCACAUUUUCAAGAUCUAAUUUUAAAAGGAUUUUCAAAUGCAGCAUCACUACUAUCCCAAGAAGUCAGAAUUCCAAAUCAACUUCUAUGGAAAACAUAUCACAAAAAAAUAGCUGAUAAUCCUAAUUUUGUUGAAACGAACAAUACAUCUGAACUAGGAAAUGGCAAUGACCAAGUUAAAGAAGUGAAUAUAGAAGAUACAGACCAGGGUGGCCUAAUACAAAAAAUCCUUAUUUUUGGAAUACCAACUACAAUUAAGGAAUUGAUUUGUGAUACAAUAAGUAAAAAAUACCAAAAUAUGUCCACUAAAUUUAUUUGUUUAGAAGAAGAUCUUACAAUUGACCUGAUUGACCAGAGUAUACAGGAAGAAGGUUUCUCUGCAAUAUUUUAUUUGGGUGGUUUAGCGGAUAGUCUUUCAACUAAACAAGUAAUGGGCGACAUCUUAAAAAUAUCACAGGUAAUCUCAACAAUUGCUGUAUCGAUAAAAACUCCCCCAUUUAUUUGUUUAACUUCAUUUAAUGAUUGUGAAGAAAAUCCUAAUAUUCCCAGGCAUUCGGGAAUAAGAGGUUUUGUUAAAACUGCUCGAGUUGAACUUGAAAAUGUAAUAGGAAAAUCAAUCAAUAUUUCUCAUGUGGAUUGUAAGUCAAGUUUGGUAAAUGACCCAGAAGCACUAAUGAAAACAAUAAGUUUAAUAACUUCAUCUUAUGAUGGAAAUAUUAAGGAAGAAAUUGCAUUGGAAAGGGAUUUAAAAAUUUCUGAUGAUGGUAUUUAUGCUCCGAGGUUAGAAAGUAUUAAUUUUCCUGUUUUUGGAGCAGUUAAAUUAUCUAUGUCAUCGAGAGGAGCAAUUGGUAACCUAAAAUUCAAGCCACAACCACAAUCUGAAAGAGUAAAUCCACCUGCAAAUACUGUUGAAAUCAGAGUGAAAUCAAUUGGAUUAAACUUUAGAGAUGUUUUGAAUGUUAUGGGAUUAUAUCCUGGUGAUCCUGGCCCUCCCGGUGGUGAUUGUUCUGGUAUAGUUGUUGCUGUCGGAGAAGGUGUUAAACAUAUUCAAGUUGGUGAUAAUGUAUUCGGUAUCGCUCCUGGGUGUUUAAAAACUUAUGUAACCACCGAUUCAAACUUAUACUGCAAACAUUAA